GCGGUCACGCAAUAAAGCAAGUUUUGUCUGCUGCGAAGGGGUGGUGAGCUUCUUCCGUCCUUAGCGGCCCCGGCCCGGCACCAUGGCUGCGGUGAUCCUGGGGCAGGCAGCAGCCCCCGCCGCGGCGACGGCUCUCCGCUAACCUCCCUCGGCAGCGGGAGUGGCCACUCCACCGGCCAUCCGUGCCGCGGCCGCCCGCCGCAGAGCGCGGAGCUCCGCGCCGCCGGAGAGCGGCGGUUCCCCGGCUCGGCGCGGCACCAUGUGGGGUGGGCUGCACUCCCAGAUCGGCCUGCGCGGCUACAAGGCUGGCUCAGAUUAUUCCUCAGUGGGAUGGUUACCUGGUACUGAAUCCCUGUGGCAGUCCACAACCAUUUCAUCAAGCAGUCAAAGCAAUCCUGUCAGAAGACACAGUAUAGCUUCCGACAGCGGGGACACUGGGAUUGGUACCUCCUGUUCUGAUAGUGUGGAAGAUCAUUCAGUUUCAAGUGGAACAUCCUCAUUUAAGCCCAGCCGAUCACUGGUUUCUAUUCCCACUGCCCAUGUGAUGCCGUCUAAUGCCAGCUCUUCACUUUCCAAACACAGAGAAGCUUUCAAGUCUGAUGGCUCGAAGUGGAGUACAAGCUUUGUACGGUCAGGAGGAGGCAGAAAUCAGGGUGCCCUGGACAAUUCUCUUGACAUGAAAGAUGCAAGACCUGUAAGAAAAUGGUCCUCUUUGUCUAAACUCAGCUCAUCAAAUACCUUCAGCCAAGAUGGUAGUAGUCAUUCGGUGGACUCCAGGGCUAGUACAGACAAAGUUGUGUCGCCACAAUUAAGGACAAAUGGGCCAAGUUGUUUGCACGAUAGCAUGGAGCUACUAAAAAUUGAGGACAAAGAAAUGGUGAAAAAACGAUCCUCUCUACUAGACUGCAAAUACAAAUUUGAAACGUGCAGCAAAGACGAUUUUGUUUCAGAUUCCCCGAGUAGGAGACAUGCCUUAGACUUGACCUACAGUGCCUUACCUGAAAGCAAACCUACAGCAACCAGUUGUGAAACUUUUGGGCAGAGAUAUGCAACUCUGGGACAACAGGCUGUGGGUGGAGCUCCCAUACAGCCAGCAGUGAGGACUCAAAUGUGGCUUAAAGAACAGCUACGUGCAAAUCCCCUGGACUGCAGAACUGCUGAGGAGCCCUACGGUGGAGCUGCGUGGCAUGUGCAGCAACUUGAAGAUUUUAGAACAGGAGAUGAACAAGCUGUGCAGAUUCCAACUGGAACAUCUCGUCAAAGUUACCCAGCUACCAGCUAUCAGGACUUGAGCAACUGGGAAUCUAUAAUGAAAGUUAAAGAGGGACUACUAAGACAGAGGGAGAUUGUGAUAGAUCGGCAAAAGCAGCAAAUUAACAAUUUACAUCAGAAAAUAAGGGAGAAUGAAUUACGAGCUCAACAUGCAAGACUGAGCCAUCUUGUGAAUUGCGAAGAACCUUAUAUGACUAAUUUGCAGCAACCACAGUAUGAAGGCACAUCCCUGCAACCUCACGUUUCAGAAAGAUCAACACCCCACCUUGAGGAGCUUGAGCGAAAGAUUGCAGCAGCUGAGAAUAAGGAAUUACAGCUCGGUGAAUUGUUAAAACAAAUUUCAAAUAAAUCUAGUGAGGAGAAAAAGAAGAUGGAAGAGAAACUUAAAACUAGAGACCGGUAUAUUAAUAGCCUGAAAAAGAAAUGCCAGAAAGAGUCUGAGCAAAACAAAGAAAAGCAAAGAAGAAUUGAAACCUUAGAGAAAUACCUGGCUGACCUACCAACGCUGGAUGAUAUAGAAGGGCAGACAAAACAGCUGCAAAUUCUAGAAGAGAAGAACAAGCAACUUCAAGAAACUAUGACCGAGUUAGAAAAGAAGCUGGGAGAGGCCCGAUCGCAGUGCAGAGAGAAAGAAUUGCAGCUGGUGUGUCAAAAGAAAAAAGAAAAAGAGCUGGUCACUACCGUACAGAGUUUGCAACAGAAAGUAGAAAAAUGCCUCGAAGAUGGUAUUCGCCUUCCCAUGUUGGACACAAAGCAGCUUCAGAAUGAGAAUGAAUGUCUUAAAGAAAAGAAUGAGAAAGCCAGUAAGGUCAUAGACAAUCAACAAAAUCAGAUAGCUGGACUGAUCUUAGACGUGCAGUCUAUGCAAGAGAAGCUUUUGCAAGAAAAGCUGAUAGUUCAGAAGAUGGCAAACGAGCUUGAAGAAAAAGAAAGGAAUAUAGAGCAGUUAAAUAAAACUCUCUCUGAAAACCAAAGACUGCUGGAAGAGAAUGCCUGCCUGAAGGAGCAGAUGCGGCAGGUGGAGCAGUCCAGGCAGCCAGUAUCUGAGAAGAUGCCCAUAGCAGACCAGUUGUUCAAGGAAAUGUCCCAUUGCUUGUUUGACUUGAAAGCACUGUGCAGUAUACUCACCCAGAGAGCUCAGGGCAAGGAGCCUAACCUUUCCUUACUGCUGGGAAUCAGAUCACUGAGCUGUUCAUCUGAAGAGAACGAAAAUUACCACAGCACAGAAACCCUUUCAAAGAAGCUCUUGGACGUUUGUCAGUUACGGAAGGACAUUGAUGAAUUGAGGACGAUAAUGUCAGACCGUUAUGCUCAGGACAUGGGGGAGAAUUGCAUUACUCAAUGACAACAUUUCAGCUGGUAGCAAAUGACUUAUUAAAUGCUGCUGUGCCACAGACAGGUCUUUGCAUUUCUAAUAAGGAGCCAUACUGUAAGGCCGCAAAUCGCAGCGCACAUGCAUCUCUCUGAGGACUGUGCGUAGUCAAUCUCGGGAGUCUGGUGGGGAGGGGAGAGUCUUCAUUUGGGCAGCCUGGUAGAAACCACUAGAAAGAAAUCUUUUCUCCAAACUACUGAAUGUAGGAACAAGCUGUGAAGAAUGAUCCAGUUGGAUACUCUGUUUCCUUCAUUGGGGUUUAUUUUAUUGCUUCUCCUAGUUUCUGGGAUCAGAGCAUCAAAACAGCCAUGCUGCUGCUACUCUGCCAUUUCCUCCAUUAGGGGUUUGUGUGACAUUAUUUGUGUUCUGAAAUACUAGAACAAAGGGUUGAAGGACGUAUAGCUGCAUGUGGUGAAACCAGAGGCUUCUGCAACUGCACUUCACUCUAGGAAUUGUGGCUGGAACAAUCUCAGAGCACUACAGGUAGUAGUUGCUCUUCAGGUUGCCUGAAAGUUGAUAUAGAAAAGGUGUUGAUUAUAGUCAUGUCUAGCUUGUUUAACCAGUAGCAGAAGAAAACCAAGUUUCAACUCCUUUAUGCAAACAAAGUCCAUAAAAGACAGCGCUAUCAUUCUUUUAAGCACUCGAUAUUAUUAAGCCUUUGAGAAACCCAGAGAAGCUGGAUGACAUGAAACUGCAGCAUAGUAUGUGGCUGUCAGGAGAGGGGGGGGAAAAAAAAGGGACUAUAUUAUAUUGUUUGCACCAUACUCUUUUUUCCUUUUUUUUUUUUUUCCUCCUUAGAUCAUCUCUAUUUUUAAAUGUAGCUGGUCUGUGUUCCAUCCCUGAAGGCCUCUGAUGAGAUUGAACCACUCAGCCGCUUUUUACCGCAGCUGCAAAAUGUGUGUUUGGCACUUGGAAAAAUCAGUGCUCAGAACAGAAUGUUUCUACUUAGUAGUAUUAAAUACUCAGUUAUCUGAAGACUGUAAAAAUUUCCACAAUGUUUGGGAAUUCUUGAUUUCUCUGUUUAUGUAGGAAGCAAUUCUAUUUUAAAAAAAACGGAUCAUGUUCCGUAGCUUAUUCAGUGAGCGUCACUUGGCAAUGCAGUUGAACUCCCGUGGGAUGGGUGACGUGGUAACGCUUCACAUUUCUUGGAACAAGCUAGCUGCACAGUUAUGCAUGGUGUGAAAUAGUAGUUAACCAAAGGAAACAAAAACUUGCAAAGAGCAAAACCACUCCCAGACCACACUGUUAAGAAAAUAUUUGAGCAUCGCUUACAUAUAUGGUAGGUAUUAAAAGAAAGGUUCAAAUGAGUGUGGUACAAGUCAGUCAACUGCCCCAUAGUAUGGAUAACAGCAAAAAUCUUUUAGAAGGCCUAGUGGUUAAACCAAGUAAAUUCUAGGGCAACAUUUUUGUGGUGGAAGUGUUGGUAUCUUCAGUUUUCUGAUUAUUUUAAUAGGAGAAAAAUGGUAUAGCAGCGUGGACUGGCUACCAGUUUUAACUUGAUGUCUUGCUUUCUGUUUGUUGUUAAACAGUUAUCUUUAAUAAUGUUUUUAUAAUGUAGGAGUUUCAUUUUUUGUAGCUGUAUAAACUUAUUUAUUUGACAGUUUUCUCUAUUCCUGAACCUACCCAUGGAGUAAUUUGUGAAAAAUAGUGUUGCUAUUUAUGUUAUUGCUACAUAGUGUUUUCAGAUAGAUUAAUCUGACUGGUUCAGCUCCUGUGAGCACUAAAACGGUGUCUGGAUAAAAUCUCCAGUGAAAUUGCCCAGAGUCUCUACUUCAAGGUGAAAAACCGAGGCCACUUCAUUUUAAUUUCCAUGCCCUUUCUAUAGGUUUGAGGGUGAACUUUCAUUGUAGUGCUGAAAUGAAAACAAGGUCUUUGCACAAGUGGGCUUGCCCAGUUUCCUGUGCCUCUGACAGUAUUGUCUUUUGUGACCAGGGCCCUGGCUUGUUCUUUUGACCCUGCAGGGAAGUAGUAGUCUGUUGUUUAUGGCAUCUGUCUCAUCAAAACCCAGCGAUAGCAUUUCAGAUGACAGAUGUAUUGAGGAGUGAGGAAACACCCAGGUUGCACGUUUUUAUUUCCUUAGAUGGACACAUUGCACCUAUAAAGAAAUUAUGAAGCAAAAUGCUUUUCUAAAUUUGGUGGAAGUAACAAGGAGCUUAACAGAGCAAUUGGAGAGGAGAAGGAGAUUUAUUAUUUUUUUGACUCAGUUUGAACUAUUAAGCUGGUCAUUUGGCUGGUGUGCCUCCAGCAUCCCCCCAUUAUAUGGUGAUACUGUACUGCAGAGUGGAGAUGGACGGGUUAUAUUUGCAAAGCACUUCAGGAGCUUUUAUGCUCUUCAAGUAUUGGUUAAAAGUCCCUCAAUUUUAUUUGUAGUCCUUCUCUUCCAGCGCUGCAGUCUUGCAUGAUAAUGUUUUUUAUUACAGAAUAUGUAAUAUUUAUAUUGACUUGAAAGCACUUGAUUUUAAAAACCCCUGAGUUUAUCUGCCUCGGUCAAAGUCAAGUAGGGAGGUAAAUGAUGGAUGUAUGAGCCAAAGAUGCAGACUACCAGUUGACUCUCUAUAGCGAUCCAGAAGUUUGCUUUGGUUUCUUAAAAUUUGGCCUGUUGUAGUAGUAGCUGUGACUAUACACGCAUCAGUUUACGGAUGCCUCUAAAUGGAAUAAGCUUUGUCUCAGAUAUGCAUGAUUGUUUAAUUGGUUAAAAUAUAGUGUGUGUGAUCUCAGCAUAUUUAAUACAGAGUUGUUUAAUGAAUGCUAACAUUGGAAUUGCUUAGAUUUAGUCAUGACAACUUUUUGCUGUAGCUAUUGGACAAUCUCAAGGGCUGAAAAACAACGCUAACGAAUGGAAACUGUACCUUUCUGGUUGUCAGCAACUUUGUACAGGAAUUUUUUGUAUCAUUUCAGAUGGCAUUUAUACAAUCUUUUAGAGGAUACUUACAGUAACUACUGUAUUAAGAAUGUAUUUUGAAAAAGACUUGGAAAGUAACUGUCUUUGGACAAGCUAUAGAUGAUGCUAUGUAUUUACUAUAUAGAAUUAACGCAGCUCAGUUGUGUAAAUGUGGUUUAGGUUGGUAGCCUCAACUGUGCAGCUUUGUAGUGUGGUAGUUGUGUGAAAGAGUGGAGAUUUGCUGUAACCACCCACUUAGGCUCCGGCAUUCAAAGCUGCAGGUGGCCAUGAAGUCAUUACAAGGGCUGAAAUUUUGUCCUUUUCACUUCAAAAGGUUUCAUUUCUUCCUUCUUCAUGCCCUCGCUGCCCACCUUUUCUAGCAAACGGCUUUUUUUUUUUAAUGUUUUUCUUGCAGGAUAAAACACAAGGAAAGAAAGCAAGCAAACCCCUUCCCCCCACAACCUGUUGCCCUGGCAGAGGCAGCAGCAACAUGCUGCACUCUCUCCAUAUUGGGUGUAGUUUGUUCCAGUUUUCCUUACCCUUACCAGUGGCGUUAUGCAGGUGGAGCUGGGCUUUGCGUUGGGUUUUUGUCACUGAUAUGCUGAGCUCUGAGAGGGGAAAAGAUCAUCCAAACUAAUCUGCAUUCUUAGACUGCAAACAAGUCAAUGGUUGUUAUCUAAAGGGAUGACUUAUUCUGGUAGCUCCUUAGCAAUAUCAGUUCCACAGCUGCAUACCUUUGUGCCUUUUUUGCCCGAGGUAAGUGUAUAUUCCCCUUAGCUUUAGCUAAGUUGUUAGAACAAUGACAACUGCACCUUGUUUUUCUCCUACCUGCUGAUAGUUGUUCAGGAAGCUUUGGUAGGAGGAACUCUGGCGUAAUGUCUAAGAUACAGAAGUACUUAAACUAGGUACUGGAUGUACACUCUGAAUGUUGGGCUGGUCGUAGUCUGCAGCUUUUUUGAAUAUGAAGCGUGAUUUGGAAACUCAAAUCACAGCAUGUUAAUUUUGUUUAUAUGAAUUACAGCGUAUCACUAGUUCAGUGGGGAGGAGUGUCUGGAGCUAUCUUUAAAAGCACAGCUGACAUAUGUACUGGAUCAGUCCCUGAAGACUGGUAGUAUUGUAAAUUGGGUUCAAUUUUUGAACCGCUCAGAAUACCUCAUAUGUAAAUAAGAGUUGUCAUGACUUAAUCACAAUGUGUUCAUUGUAAAAAGUAAAGGAGCCACUGGCUGGCUCAGCUUUAGGCUUGUUGUUCUUGCCUCUUUUUGUAUUUUUUUUUUAAGUAGGGUUUACAGCUAGAAUUUUGAAUGCCAAAGUUCUAUUUAUUAAAUAAUAAUAAAAGUUUUCAUUGUUAAUGACUGGUAUUUUUCCACUGGAAUUUGUUGAUGUUUGGGAUUUGUAUCCACAGAGCAAAAAUAAAUUUUGUU